AUGUAUGGGGCUCUGUUCGUGCUUUGCCAACUUGGUUUGACGAUGCUCGGAUUGGGCAGUAGUGGUGGCUCGUCGCUGUACAAAUUCCCAUUGCUCAUUAAAGACCGGUACGUUGCUUCUUGGACUUUAGCCAUGGCCAUGGCUUCGUUUAGAGAAUCUGGGAAUCGCAACCUAAUACACUCAUCUUCGGCGUCAAUUAUUUACAGUUACAAAAAUAGUUUUAAUGGAUUUGUCGCUAUGUUAACGAGCGAUGAAGUUCAACAAAUUUCGUCGAUACAAGAAGUGGUGUCAGUGUUUCCAAAUAAAAUCAAUCAACUACACACGACAAGAUCAUGGGAUUUUAUGAGAUUUCCACAAACGGUUAAACGAGCAACAACAGUGGAGAGCAACACUAUUGUUGGAGUAAUCGAUACUGGAAUAUGGCCUGAGUCCGAUAGCUUUAAGGAUACCGGGUUUGGACCCCCACCAACUAAAUGGAAAGGCUCCUGUACGGGAUUAACCAAUUUUACUUGCAAUAACAAAAUUAUCGGAGCAAGGUACUACAAAAUCGAUAAAGUCUUCGGCCAAAAUGACAUCCAAUCGCCAAGAGACUCUGAGGGUCAUGGAACUCAUACAGCUUCAACGGUCGCCGGCGACCUUGUUACUUCGGCAAGCUUUUCUGGUCUCGCCGCCGGUACAGCUCGAGGAGGAGUCCCGUCGUCGCGGAUCGCCGUAUAUAAAGUCUGUUGGUCCGACGGUUGCUCAGACGCCGACCUCCUCGCAGCAUUCGAUGAUGCUAUCAAUGAUGGGGUCGAUAUAAUAUCAAUUUCUAUCGGAAGCCCAAUUCCUCAAGCCUAUCUCAGCGAUCCAAUAGCUAUUGGGAGUUUUCACGCCAUGAGAAAAGGAAUUCUUACGUCAAUGUCUGCCGGAAACUCAGGUCCGAGAGCUGGAACUGUCUCGAAUGUUUCUCCAUGGGCACUUUCAGUCGCAGCAAGCACGAUUGAUCGUAAGUUCUUUACCAAUUUGACGUUGGGUAAUGCUGCCACUUUUCAGGGAGUUACAGUGAACUCGUUUGAUCCUAAUGGUUUCUCCAAUAUAGUGUAUGGUGGUAAUGUGCCAAAUAGAACAGGGAAUGUUCCUAGUAUUGUAUCCAGCCUUUGCCGAGAGAACUCACUAGAUGCUACAUUGGUAAAAGGUAAGAUUGUUUUAUGCGACGAACUUAAUUUAGGGGAAGCAGCUCUUUUGGCCGGAGCAGCUGGUAUGGUUGUACGAGGAGAUAGAAUUAAAGAUAACGCUUACGUGUUUGCACUCCCUGCAACUUUUGUUAGCGCUAACGAUGGAAAUAUAAUCUUGUCCUAUAUUAGCACAAGCAAUGCAACUGCGAAAAUAUUGAAGAGUAAUGAAGCUGUUGAUGGAUUUGCGCCAUAUAUUGUAUCCUUCUCAUCUAGGGGACCGAAUCCUGUAACAUCUCACAUCCUCAAGCCCGAUUUGUCUGCCCCUGGUGUUGAUAUCUUGGCAGCAUGGACACUUGCAAAUUCUCCUACAGGAAUAGAAGCAGAUAACAGAAGACUUCCAUUUAAUAUCGUAUCGGGCACAUCAAUGGCUUGCCCACAUGCUACUGGUGCAGCUGCUUAUGUCAAAACCUUCAAUCCAUCGUGGUCUCCAUCUGCUAUAAGAUCUGCUCUUAUGACUACGGCCUUUGAGAUGAGUCCAAAGACCACCCCACUAGCGGAAUUUGGUUAUGGAGCAGGUCACAUAAACCCUGUAGGGGCCAUUGAUCCUGGUCUUGUGUAUGAUGCCAAUCAAACUGACUAUGUGCAGUUCUUGUGUGGGCAAGGCUACACCGACAGGCAAUUGCAAGCUGUUACGGGUGACAGCAGCACCUGCAUCAGUUUUGGGAAUGAUACUGCUUGGAAUUUGAACAUACCUUCAUUAUCUGUCGGUGUCCUUCCUUCGCUUACUUUUAGAGUCGCCUUCAAUAGGAGAGUUACCAAUGUUGGAUUGGCCUCAUCUACUUACACUGCCACGGUUCUUGCUCCAUCGACACUAAAAGUACAAGUGGUGCCCAGCACACUUUCUUUCACCAGUGUCGGACAAACUCAGUCAUUCACUGUUACUGUUGAGGGAAUAGUUAACCUGAGCUCCAUUGUCUCUGCUUCUUUGUCGUGGGCAGAUGCAACGCACAAAGUGAGAAGCCCCAUUGUUAUUUUUGCCACUAUAUAAACAACAAACAUGAUGAUAUUGCAUAGUAUUGAUUUUGUGACAUAAAUAAGGUAAUUAUAGAGAAAGGUGUGAUUUUUUAUUUUAUUGACGGGUUGUCAAAGAACAAAUUGUUUUCAGAGAAUGUGUCUCGAGAGCAUAUGUUCAUGGUUUGGUGUGGUGUGCUAUAUCUUUGUGGAUGUAUUAAACCUCUUCACGAUUGUGAUUUAUUUAACGCCGAUUGCUUU